ACAACAACAAAGACCUUCCAUUAUGGUUCCACCACAGUCACCUACUUUAUCAACGUAUUAUUUCGAAAAUGGCUGGGUUAAUCAUUAUUAUGAUCCAAAACGUAGACAAUAUCUUUCAAGUAGAGUAGAUCCUGAUUACCAAAAGGCUCAUUAUAAGCAAUCUUAUAGUGAAUCUUAUAUACCAAAUUCAUAUCUUGCUGCUGCUGCUGCCGCCGCUAAUGCUGCUGCUAGUUCAGCAGCGCCUAUAAUUCCAUUAUUAUCUAAUCCAGAAGAAGUACGUGAAAGUCUCUUGCAAUAUGCUCAUACUUUAUAUUCAACUACACCUCAAAAUCCAUAUCUUUUGCCUUUACUUCAUUCACUACAUGAUGCCUAUCCUUCCCAUUUACCUACUUUGUUAUUAUUAGCUUGUGUUUAUUAUUCUUAUCAGGAUUAUCGAAAUUCAUUACGAUAUAAUCAACUUAUUCUUAAAUUCGAUCCAAAUUAUGUAGAAGCUAUGAGCAACAUAGGUACAACUUUGAAAAGUUUAGGUAAAACGACAGAGGCAGAACGAUGGUGGUAUCAAGCCGUCAAGUUACGGCCAGGCUAUUGGGACGCUGUCGAAAAUUUAGUAGGCGUAUUAUGUGCAAAAUCUGAAGAUACGAAGAUAGAACCCCGUUAUAAAGAAGCACUUCAUUUUUUUUAUAAUAAGCCCUCACCUACUAUCUAUAAAUCACCUAGUCAUCUUCCCAUACACCAACUUCCUCGGUUACAAAAUCUAUUUUACGCUAAAGGAAACCUUAAAUAUGCUUUAGGAGAUAUUCAGGGGGCACAGAGAGAAUAUGAGAAAGGUUUAGAACUAGCCUUUGGUGGAAUAGACUUGACUUCGAUGUGUAACCUCAUUGUUUAUGCAUGUCAUGGUACUUCAACAGAUAAGCAUGUGGCAUUAGUUUUACUACAGCCUGAUCAGGUCGCUCAUCUUUUACAGCUUAUAUUUUCAAAUACAAAUGGUAUUUUACCUAGUUUAGCUACACUAUCACCCAAUAAUGAUUCUGCAUCUAUAAUUCAGCAAACAAAUCAGACAACUUCUACAUUACUUUUAACGUUAGCAAAAUUAUUUCAGGAUUUGAUGAACCCUUCUACACCUGCUUUGAUUGCUGCUGCGGAGGGGAAUAAUGUGCCUACCUUAUCCAUUUUAUUACCUCUUUAUUAUCUAAGUUUAGCUUUACAUCCCAGUCCAUCCACUGCAAAUAACUUGGGCAUCAUUUUGAGUAAUAUUCCCAGUGCUGUAGCCGCAGCUGCCAUUAAAUUACCUACUGUGCAACAACAACAACAACAACCCAUCACAGGAACUAUGCUUGCCAUGCAAUAUUAUAUGUACGGUCUACAACUUGAUCCACGUCAUCCUCAUUUAUACACAAAUCUUGGUUCACUCCUAAAGGAUAUGGGGCAUUUAAAUGAAGCAGUCAGUAUGUAUGAAAAGGCUGUGGAAUAUAAUCCUCGAUUUGAUGUUGCAUUGGCUAAUUUAGGAAACGCUAUCAAGGACUUGGGUCGUGUCCAAGAAUCAGUGCAAUGGUACCGUCGUGCUGUUGAAGUGAAUCCCAACUUUGUAGACGCUAUUUGUGGACUUGUAAAUUCGUUGAGUGGAGUUUGUGACUGGCGUGGUCGUGGUGGUGUAGGUAACGAAGCCAGUGUUGAUCAAUACGGGCACUACUUUGGACCCACAGGUAACAAACACUCUAAAAGUGGAUGGAUUGGACAUGUUGUGGAUAUUGUUGAGAAACAGCUAGAUGAAGGUGCAAUUUGGGGCGCUGGUAUUCUAAAAACACAGCAAUCCUUUGAUAAGACGAUAGGCGACUACCUGUUAGAUCGUAUUGCAUUUUGUUUGAAAGAGAAUUAUGACGUUCAGUUAUGGAAAUCGCGUUUGGCGUUCUUUGAUAAGCAUCACUCAAAUACUAAUAUAAAAAGAAAUGAGGGGGGAUGGUUAAUUCGUCUAGUUGAACGUAUCAUGCGGCGGUUACAACAUCGUUGGUAUUUAGAAGCCUAUUAUGAUAAUAAAAUGGAUUCUAAAAAGCGUAUUGUUGUCACAUCAGAAAUGAUACAGAAAUAUGCUAGACCUCUCUUGCCAAGUACUUUGGCGACUCCACCUGUGCCUACUGUUCUUCCCUUUCAUACAUUUACAUAUCCUUUGAAUGCAAGGCAGAUACGAUUGAUAUCACAUCGUAAUGCAUUACGUAUUUCACAUGCUUCACUAACAUCAGGAUGGCUUGCUCCGCAUGUUUAUCCUCCUCCACCACCACCUUUACUGCGUCUUAAGAUUGGCUAUAUUUCCUCUGACUUUAAUAAUCAUCCCUUAUCUCAUCUUAUGCAAUCCGUCUUUGGUUUUCAUGAUCGACAUGGAUUUGAGAUACAUUGUUAUGCAACAACACCAAGUGAUAACUCACCUUAUCGACAAAAGAUUGAACGUGAAUCAGAGUAUUUUUUGGAUGUCUCGUCAUGGUCUAACCAACAGGUUGUGGAGAAAGUGAUAGAGGAUGGUAUUCAUGUACUGGUUAAUUUAAACGGAUAUACAAAAGGUGCACGUAAUGAAAUCUUUGCUGCAAGGCCAUGUCCAGUACAAUGUUCAUUUAUGGGGUUUGCUGGUACAUUAGGUGGUGGUUGGUGUGAUUGGAUUAUUGCAGAUGCUAUCGUUUGCCCCCCUGAAAUGGUAAGCAGUGAACUAUGGCGACGAAGAGGUUGUGAAUCAAAUGGUGGUGACCUUGAAGGAGAGAUUGAUCCUGAAGAAGCAAUGAACGAAUUCGUCUAUACUGAAAAAUUUAUUUAUAUGCCACAUUCCUAUUUUGUUAAUGAUCAUAAACAGGGCUUCCGAGAUGAUGAUAACACAGCGGUAUGGGCCCUGGAAGAAGAAAAACGAUGGAAGAUGCGUCAUCAAGUCUUUCCUAACCUACCGGAUGAUGUUCUUUAUAAACUUGAGCCGAGUACGUUUCGUAUGUGGUUACGAAUCCUUGAACGCGUCCCUAAUAGUGAACAACACCUAAAGCGAUCAGCACAAGAUUGGGCAGGCCCACAGGUUGCACAGCGUGUUAUCUUUACAGAUGUGGCCCCUAAACACAUACAUAUCCAUCGAGGUCGGGUUGCUGAUAUCUUCUUAGAUACACCCGAAUCUGAUAUUUUAUGGUCAGGUACACCUAUUGUGACAUAUCCCAAAGUUGGAGCUAGUAUUGCAAUGGCUACAGGGUAUGGGGAAGAAAUGGUGGUCAUGAAUGAACAACAAUAUGAAGAUCGAGCAGUUGAACUAGCUACAAGCCUUUUCUAUUCAGGACAUGGAAAAUUAAUGGAUCUUAGAAAACGCUUAUUUUUGACGCGUGAAAAGAGUCGUUUAUUUGAUACAUUAAGAUGGACUCGUAACCUUGAAAGAGGAUAUUUAGAAGCUUGGAGAAGAUGGACAACAGCAGAAGAAUUUGAAGACCUAACUCAUAUAGAAGGCUCGGGAUGCAUUUGGGUUGUUGAUCCAGAUGAUCAAAAAUAAUUGUGUAUAUAUGAAUAUUUAUGUUUUAUUUUCAUUCUUUUAACAAAGUCAGAUUUGUAUUUGUUUGUAUCCCCUCUCCCCUUUCCCCUUCUCCUCUUUUUUUUUUUUUU